AUGGCUAUCUACAAACUGGAGGGUGAAGCUAAUCGCUGGUGGAAGAACACCGAGAUGAUCCUCCAGGAGAAUGCAACCCCUAUUACCUGGGAAGUGUUCAAGGAACACUUUAAUUUGAAAUACUUCCCACAGUCAGUAAGAGACGAAAAAGAGGUGGAAUUUCUGAUGAUUCAACAAGGUCCUCGAGAGUCCUUCGAUGAGUACCUAGACAGGUACAUGAGGCUCUCUCAUUACUCUAACUACCUCCAACUCCGCAAUGAUGAGCGGUGGAAAACAGAGAAAAUGGUAAGGGGACUAAGGCAGGAGCUGAGGGAGAAGGUAGCUCCACGACAACUUGAAAAGUUCAACCAGGCAGUGGAAGCCUGCCGGAUUACUGAAAGUAGCCUGAACCACCAGGCGCUAGUCAGGGCUGCUCCUAGACCAGAAGGACCAGCAACAAGGAGCGGACCAGAGGGGACUUCUUUUGGAGGAAAUAGGAAAAGGCGAAAGCCUAUCUUUUCCAAGAAGUCUAAAUGA